UCUCUUUUUAAGAAUGACACUUCCUUAUUCAUCUUCUGCACAAACUUCUCCAAAUCACAUUGUGAAGGAACUUUUGUAGGUAGUCAUGGAUUCAAAUGAUGUAACUAUGGAAGAUGACACAAAACAACUUAUAUCAGCGGAAACCAAGGUGAAAGAAAGAGAUAUAAUUAGCACAUUACAUGAAAGCGUUCUUGGUCAUAUCCUGUCUUUCGUUCCAAUUAUAGACGCGGUUAGCACUAGCGUCUUAUCAACAAGUUGGAUCGAUGUUUGGACAUCGACAACCAAUCUGAAGUUUGAUGAUAGUUUGCUUUAUUCCAAGAAAAAGAUGAGUAAAGAACAUUUUGUGAAUUCUGUUGAAAAAGUGCUUCUUCACUUUACAAAUUCCGGCAUCCAAAGUGUGUCUCUUUGCUUAUCUAGUUAUCAAUAUGAUGCAUCUCAGAUAAGUGAAUGGAUCUCUUUUUUCUUAGAAAGAAGAGUUCAAAAGCUUCAUAUUCAAUAUGCUGAUAAAGUUUUUCUUUCUUCAAAUUCACUCUUUCGAUGCAAUUCAUUAGUCGAAUUGACACUUCAAAUGAGAUGUACUCUUAGUCUUCCCGUGUCUGGUUGUCUCGCAAACCUUCAAAAACUUAGCAUUUCUUGGAUUAAAUUAGUGAGUGAAAGUGAAUCUUCCACUAAUUCAAAAGAUAUAACUCUUAGCUUCCCAAUUCUCAAAGUGUUCGAAGUUAGAGGGUGCGAGUGGUCGCAGAAUAUUACCUUACAAGUUCCUCUACUUGAGAGGUUUUCCAUAGCAAUAUGGAAACAUCAUUCAAAUGAAUCAAGUAAAUAUUAUAUCAAGGUUAAUAGUCGACGCUUAACAGAUUUCGAUUACGAGGGUAAUCUUGAACAGAACAUUGUUCUUUGUGAUUCAUCAUCGAUUCGUAAUGCUUCUGUUGUGAUUGUUGUUGAUGAAGAUAAAAAGGACAGAAUAGAAAAACUUGGGUUUCAAGCAUAUAAUCAUCUCAAACAAAUCAACGAAGCGGAGUCACUGAAAUUAUUGUUUUACAAGGUUUUAAGGCAUGGUAAAGAUAUUUUCACCAAUCUACCUGUCUUUGGAAGGUUAACUUAUCUGCAACUAAAUGAGGUCAAUGGUGAAGCUUUGUUGCAAUUACUCCACAAUUGCCCAAUUCUCAAUACUCUUGUUUUACUUAAUGGAGUUGCUGACUUAAAUAAAGAUGUCUUAACUUCUGCUUCUGCAACUCUGCCUCGCUGUUUUCUGUCAAGCUUCAAAGUAUUUGAGUUUAAAGGUUUUAAUGCGAACGAGCAUGAUCUUUCUCUCGUAAAAUUCAUGUUGGAAAAUGCAUCAAUUUUGGAGAAGAUGAGAAUAUCUCCGGCUUUUUGGCUGCGUUAUGCAGAUAUUGAUUUCGAAAAAGUUAAGGAGCAGAUACUCUCAUUACCUAAGCGCUCUAGCUUUUGCAUGGUAGAAUUUUCGGAUAUCAGUAGUUCAUGAAGAUUUUCAGAACAGCACAAGAAUAUUUGUGCCGAGACUGUUAAAUGUAUAAUAGCUUUAUCCCUCUGCAAAAUAUUUUUUUUGAGAUUCCACCCCUGCAAUGUGAAGAUUCUUUGCCUUUACCCCCUCAUGGACAAAAAUAGAAUCGUUUAGAAUGAAAUCUCAAAAAAAUAUUUUGCAGCAAGUAACACAAAAUUCACAUAUUUUGCAAGGGUAUAAAGCUAUUUACCCUUUUAUUUAUCAUUAGAAUGUAACUAUAUCCUGUAUAUUAUAUUGCAAUGAAAAGUUAAAUGAUAAUUCAAUUGUAUCUCAA